UUGCAGCCAAAAUCACGAGCUCACCUGGGUUUGUUGGAGAAGAAAUCCGAUUACAAAGCAAGAGCUAGGGAUUACCAGCAAAAGCGAGAUACCCUGAAAAAAUUGCAUAAGUAUGCGUUGGACAAAAAUCAGGAUGAGUAUCAUCAUCAUAUGAUAAACAGUGAAGUGAAAGAAGACGGGAGACAUUUUGAGAAGAAGACCAAGGAACAAGAAGAGCAGUCAGAAGUACAAAAAAAGUUGAACGACAUCAGAGAUCUGGAAUAUGUGAAGUACAAACUGUAUGCAGAAAAUAAGUACUUUGACACAGAUGAGGCUGUGAUUUCUCGUAAAUAUAAUCGGCUACGAAAGAAAGAUUUGUCUAACAAAAAUGUGCUUGGAGCAGAUAGCAAAGAUGAUGUGAAAGUGUGCAUCCUUUUUUGUUGUGAGCUGGUUUUUCGCGAAGGAAACUCACCUAAUGCACUUUAG